AUGCUACCCCGCCACUCCACCAGGCCCAAGAUAUCCACAAGCUGCAGCAGCAAGCGCCGCACUUCUGCUGUCGUCAGCCACUCGGGCAAACCGGCACCGGCCUUGGCUUGGCUCUGGGUUCCAGAUGGCCCAAUAGUCAGACAAGACCGCGGCCGGGCUCGAGCUACGGCACUUAGCAACGCCUCUAUUGCCUACCAGCCCGAUUGA